UUAAAACUCUAAAGCAAGCAAGCAAGCAUUGGUUGUUUACUAGUUGUGUUGUGUUGUGUAGGGGUUUCCAAUAUUUGAACAAGUUAGAAGAAGAUUAGAUACAAUUUCACAUCUUCUUCUUCUUCAUUGAUCAUUCAAUUAAAUGGCAUCAUCUAAACAAGAAACAAAGGAAAUAAUAUUCAAGUCGAAACUACCAGACAUAUACAUCCCAAACCAUCUACCGCUUCAUUCAUAUUGUUUUGAAAAUCUCUCCCAAUUCGGUUCACGUCCAUGUCUCAUCAAUGCCCCCACCGGAAAGGUCUACACCUACCACGACGUCCAACUCACCUCCCGUAAAGUUGCCUCUGGUCUUCACAAAUUGGGACUCCAACAAGGUGAAGUCAUCAUGAUCCUCCUUCCCAAUUCCCCUGAAUUCGUCUUCUCCUUUCUUGCUGCUUCUUAUCUCGGCGCUGUAGCCACUGCAGCCAAUCCUUUCUUCACGGCUUCUGAGAUUGGAAAGCAAGCAAAAUCCUCCAACACCAAGCUUAUCAUAACACAACAAUGUUACUAUGACAAAGUCAAAGAUUUGUUGAACAACAAUGAUCAUAAGGUUGUGUUGGUAGACUCUUCCAUAGAUGAUAAUAACAAUGAUCAUGUCCAUUUCUCAACGCUGAUCAUCCAAGAAGCAGAUGAGAAUGAUCAUCUUCCUGAUGCAAAGAUCCAGCCAGACGAUGUUGUUGCGCUGCCAUAUUCAUCAGGAACAACAGGUCUACCAAAGGUUAUGUUAACACACAAAGGUUUGGUGAGUAGCAUUGCACAGCAAGUAGAUGGAGAGAAUCCAAAUCUAUAUUACAGAAGUGAAGAUGUGAUACUUUGUGUGCUUCCUCUGUUUCAUAUUUAUUCACUAAACUCUGUUUUGCUCUGUGGACUCAGAGCCAAAGCUACCAUUCUCUUGAUGCCAAAAUUCGAUAUAAAUUCAUUCUUGAAUCUUGUUAACAAACAUGGAGUAACAGUUGCACCUGUUGUUCCUCCUAUUGUAUUGGCAAUAGCAAAAUCACCAGAUCUUAAUAAGUAUGAUCUAUCUUCAAUUAGGAUAUUAAAAUCAGGUGGUGCUCCACUUGGUAAAGAACUUGAAGACACUGUUAGAACUAAAUUUCCAAACGCAAUUCUUGGACAGGGAUACGGAAUGACUGAGGCAGGGCCAGUGUUAACGAUGAGUUUAGCAUUUGCUAAAGAACCAUUGAAUGUAAAAGCAGGUGCAUGUGGAACCGUUGUAAGAAAUGCAGAGAUGAAGAUUGUGGAUCCUGACACUGGUAAAUCUUUACCUCGAAACCAAUCUGGUGAAAUCUGCAUAAGAGGCGACCAAAUUAUGAAAGGUUAUCUAAAUGAUCUGGAGGCAACAGAGAGAACCAUAGACAAAGAAGGUUGGUUGUAUACAGGUGAUAUUGGGUAUAUUGAUGAAGAUGAUGAGUUAUUCAUUGUUGAUAGAUUGAAGGAAUUAAUCAAAUACAAAGGAUUUCAAGUUGCUCCAGCUGAACUUGAAGCUCUUCUUCUGUCUCAUCCCAAAAUUUCUGAUGCUGCUGUUGUCCCAAUGAAGGAUGAAGCGGCUGGAGAGGUACCUGUUGCAUUUGUGGUGAGAUCAAAUGGUUACACUGACUUAACUCAAGAUGAAAUUAAGCACUUUAUCUCCAAACAGGUGGUGUUUUACAAAAGAAUAAAUCAAGUAUUCUUCAUUGAUGCAAUUCCCAAGUCACCAUCAGGCAAAAUCUUGCGCAAGGAUUUGAGAGCAAAGCUAGCAGCAGGUGUUCCACAUUGAAAAUGGGAGAUUCUCGUGGGGAUUGAUCACUUUACGUAUAUUCAUAAGUCAACCAUAUCAUGUAUAAGUUACAAGUGUGUUCUUCUUAUUUUAUUCAGAAAGAACUAUUUUGUAAUAAGAUUCAAUCAUAUUAUACGUUGAGAAAUAGAAAAUUGGGAUUCAAACCUCAGCCCCAACAUA